GUGGGUAGCGCCACCCCGUUUCCUUCCCCGCACGCCCUUCCUCCCCUUCCAAAAACACCACUCACCGGCGUGCGGAGGCGGAGCCCAGCCAGAACCUUGCGUCUAGGGUUGCCGCCAUCAUGGCCUCCUCCAACUCCGGCAUCGAGCUCGAUGGGGACCUCAGCCUCCACAAGCAGAUGGCGAGCAAGAUGGACCUGCGGGGAGCCAAGGACUCCGACGGGAAUACCGCGCUCCAUUGGGCUGCGUCUAGGGGCUGCCUGGAGAGCUGCCGGUUCCUGGUGGAGGAAUGUGGGCUUGAUGUCAACGCGGUGUCCAAAUUAGGUAUGACGCCGAUGUCGUACGCCGCACAUGAGGGGAAAACCCAGGUUAUUAGGUACCUUCUCGAUCGUGGUGUCGACCCUGCCAUACCUGAUGAGAGGGGCACCACGCCGCUGCACAAUGCAGCACUGCAAGGACACUGUGAGGUUGUGAGGCUAUUGCUUUCUCAAGGAGUUCCUGUGGAUCCGAUUGAUCAUCGGGGGGCGCCAUUACAACUGGCUGUUUCAAAAGACCAUGCUGAGGUUUUGAAGGUUCUGCUGGAACAUUCUGCUGAUCCAAAUAAAGUCGCAAAUAAAGUAUAUUCACCUGUCCUGGCCGCUUGCUAUUGGCACUCCUUGAAAUGCAUCAAGCUACUGAUUGAGGCUGGUGCUGAUGUGAAUGCUCAUUGUUACCCUGGACCAACUCCUUUAAUGGAAGCAGUUAAUGAUGGCUUAACCGAUUUUGUCAAGUUGCUCCUAGAUGCUGGGGCUGACCCUAACAUUCCUACCCUGGAACUUGGUGUAAUUCCACUCGAGCAAGCAGCAGCUCACGGUCGACAUGACCUUGUUGAAGUUCUGUUUCCUCGGACAAAACCAAUUCCAUCUCUGCCAGAUUGGAGUGUUGAUGGUAUAAUUAGAACUGACGAAGUUUCUAUGGAAGAAAGAAUUGCUCAGUGGAAGUCACGAGGAAAGGAAGCAUUUGCAAAGGAGGACUACUUUAAUGCAAUGUACUACUAUAACCUGGUAACUGAGAUGGACCCAUAUGACGCCACCAUAUUUGCCAACCACAGCCUCUGCUGGCUGCGUUUGAAAAAUGGGGAUAAAGCUCUGGAAGAAGCCCGCAAGUGCAAAAUGAUGCGGCCCCGUUGGUCCAAGGCCUGGUAUCGUGAAGGAGCAGCCCUGAGUUUCAUGAAGGACCACAAAGGUGCCGCUGACGCAUUUCGGGAGGCGCUGCAGCUCGACCCUAAGAAUGAAGAUAUUAAGAAAGCGCUGAGGAAGGCUGAGAAGGCAGCGGAGGAGCUGCAGUGUAACAUAAGCGGCUGCCAAUGUAAGAUAUAAGUCGCUCAGAGAGAAGGCGGAAAGGAGAACUCUCUGGAUUGAUUCCUCUCGCAUCUCUGUAACGAACCCUGCUGUAUAUCCCUGCACCAGAAUUGCGGCUAUUGCAUACCCUACUUAGUACUAAUAUCUAGAACUGCUCGUAUGUUGGAAGUUAUUGCGCUAGUGUAGUAGGCAGUGCUGUGUUGUAUAUAGAGGUGGAUGUUAUGUAAUGUCGGCAGUCACCGGAACAUUUCCGUGCAUUCUGCAUGUGAGAAGUGAGAAGGUGUUAGCUCAGGUGAAAAAUGCAUAGCUAGUGCUAA